AUGUCGCACAAGAAAAACGAAGAUCUGGAAAUGAGGAGGAUGGCUGAGCCAGAGUCCGAUGAGCGAGAAAACUUCCUUCCCAAGCCUGCAUCCAAUAAUUGGGCUCACGGGGAUGGUGGCUCGGAUAGCAUGUUCUCCCAACUUGAGAACAAUCCUGGCGCCGCUGUUCUGGCCUAUUGCUUUUCCUCGAUUAGCAUGACGGUCGUGAACAAGUAUGUUGUGUCGGGCUCGUCUUGGAACUUGAACUUUCUUUAUCUGGCCAUUCAGGCCGUUAUCUGCACUGCUGCAAUUCUGGUCUUGAGACAGAUGGGGAUGAUUCCCAACCUCGCCGCCUUGGAAAGCCGAAAAGCCAAAAAAUGGUUGCCUGUGUCGAUUGCCUUCGUUGGCAUGAUAUAUACCAGCACCAAGUCCCUGCAAUUCCUCUCCGUCCCGGUAUACACUAUCUUCAAAAAUUUGACCAUCAUCGCGAUCGCCUAUGGUGAGGUUCUCUGGUUCGGUGGCAAGGUCACACCAUUGCUCUUGUUGUCGUUUGGCUUGAUGGUGCUCAGCUCCGUUGUUGCGGCGUGGGCUGAUAUCCAGUCUGCUCUUAAUGGCGACGGGCACUCGGAUGAGACUGCCGCUGCUAUCUCAACUUUGAACGCUGGUUACGCGUGGAUGGGCCUGAAUGUCUUUUGUACUGCCUCGUACGUCCUGGGCACACGCAAGUUUAUCACAUCGCUGAAUUUCAAAAACUGGGACACUAUGUACUACAACAACCUGAUCUCCCUUCCUAUUAUGAUCGUCUGCUCUCUGGUGACCGAAGAUUGGUCUUCGGCCAACUUGGCUCGGAACUUCCCUGUCGAGACGCGCAACAAUCUCAUGAUUGGCAUGCUCUAUUCUGGCUUGGGCGCCAUCUUUAUCUCGUACUCGUCUGCAUGGUGCAUUCGCAAGACCUCGUCGACUACAUACUCAUUCGUCGGGUAUCUGAACAAACUCCCACUCGCUAUUAGCGGUAUUGUUUUUUUCGGUGCCCCAGUCACGUUUGGUAGUGUGACAGCUAUUCUCCUGGGAUUCUUCAGCGGCCUUAUCUAUGGUUACGGUAAGUUGAAGCAAAAGGAGGAGCCCAAGCAGGUUCUCCCUACUUCUCAAACUCCCAGUCGACCAUGA